AUGAAGAUUUGGCUCUCUCCUCUUGUUCUGGGUGUCGCCGUAGCGACAUCGUUACCUUCCAACCUUCCGCUGAAGCUCGAAACGCGGGCCGAGAUCAAAUCUCGUGCUGCCAAUGUCCAUCUGCGGCUUGAACGGGCAGUUGACGGUCCUAUUGACUUUGCCUAUGGCAGCUGCUCAUCCAGCACACUGCGAGAUAGCCACCACACCGUUGCCAAGGUUGAAGCACAACACGGCCAGCGCCUCGUGUGGAUAAUUCCGGAGAAUGCCGAAUCAAAUGGUUGUCUGUCAGCUUGGGACCGAAAGGGGAGGCUCGUCGGCCGCAGCGAGCCACAGGUACUGCACCAUCACUGGAAACGAAGGAUUCAGAAGCGAGGCCCAGACAGCAUCAAAAUGAACGGAACCGGAUUCGACCAUGUCGGCGCAUGGUUCGAAGGCGUCAAGCUUCUGGAGCAGCAGCAGCCUGGACCUGUUGAUGUCGAAAAGGCCAAAGCCAAGGAGAUUGCCAUUGUCGGCGCUGGCAUGUCUGGCCUCAUGACCUGGCUGGUUCUCUCCCAAGCUGGACUGACCAACCUCACCAUCAUCGAGGGUGGCAAGCGACUUGGGGGUCGCGUCCGCACAGAGUAUCUGUCGGGUGGUCCGUUUGACUAUUCCUAUCAGGAGAUGGGUCCGAUGCGCAUUCCGGAUACAUACACGGAUCCUUCAUCGAACAAGACUUUCAACAUUAGCGACCAGCAGAUCGUCUACCAGCUCGCUGAAGAGUUGAACAAACUCAACGGCCAUGAUGCUAGCUUGUCGGUCAACUUUAUCAAAUGGAUCCAAAGCGAUCGAAACGGCUUGGACUACAGGAACAGCGUCAGAAUGCCCAGUGGGCUGCCUCCGACUAUCAAUGAGAUUGGUCUUAACUCCUCGCUCGGCCCUGUACCGGUUGAACUUUCGGAUUCGGCCAAAGGACUUCAGGCUGACCUCGCAGAAUACCUACCAGGACCUGAGUUCAACGACCUCAUUGCGAAGAAUAUUUUCAAAGCGCACUCCGAGUGGAUUAAGAAUGGGCUCAAGGGCUUAGGCGGUGAUGUCUGGUCUGAGUUCGCCUUCAUGGUCAACCACCUCGGCGGCUCCCUUGCUGACGCCAGCGCCAUCGGCCGCACGUCUUACGAGUCCUUCUGGGCAUCCAUAUACAACGGUUUCUACUUCGUCUACGGCACAUGGAAGACUGUCGACGGUGGUCUGAGCCGGCUGCCUGCGGCAUUCCGCCCAUUGGUAGACGACGUCACGGUCAUGGACCGCCGCAUCGAGCGUGUCAGCUACGAACCGACCUCGGACCGCGUCAAGCUCCAGUGGCGCGACGACCAAACUUCGCAAACCCUCCAGAGCGCCAGCUACGAUUAUGCCAUCAUUUCGGCCCCCUUCACCGUCGUCCGCAGCUGGCGACUGCCGCCUCUCAACCCCGUGCUGUCCUCGGCGAUCAACAGCAUGAAGUACUAUGGCGCAUGCAAAGUGGCGCUCGAGUUUAGCGAGCGUUUCUGGGAGCACUACGCCAACCCCAUCAUCGGCAGCUGCAGCACGUCGACGGAUAUACCCACCGUCGGGAACGUCUGCUACCCCAGCUACAACGUCAACGGCACGGGCCCGGCAUCGAUCCUCGCGAGCUACGUGUCCGGCGACGUCGGCGCCUCGUGGCUCGGACGUAGCGAGGCCGAGCACGUGCAGUAUGUCCUUGACGCCACAGUCGAGAUACACGGCGAGGCGGUCCGCGCGCUGUAUACGGGCAACUACAACCGCCGGUGCUGGCAGCUCGACCCCCUGGCCGUGGGCGCCUGGGGGAGCCCGACGGUCGGCCAGCACCAGCUGUGGAUACCCGAGUACCACAAGACGCACAGCAACUUGAUAUUCGUCGGCGAGCACACGUCCAUCACGCACGCUUGGGUGUCUUCGGCUCUCGAGUCGGGGAUCCGGGGCGGUGUGCAGCUGCUGCUUGAGCUGGGGCUCGUGGACGAGGCUCGAGCGACGGUCGAUAAGUGGAUGGCGCGAUGGAUUGAUGUUUAA